AUGGCCGGUGCCUUUCUGUCUACUCAGAACGAGAAACCAAAGAAGCUGACCAGAUUCGUUCAAUUCAAUGUCCCGCUGCUAAGGAAGAGCGAGUUCCAGGGUCACGAGGUCGAUCUGCUGUUGCUUGCUUGGGCACUGUUGCUGUAUCGCUACAGCAAUGGGAACCAUGUUGAGUUUACGUGGGGGAGAAAUGGAACGGGUGCAGACUUCACGUUUGACUUCAGCACGGCGAGUGCGGCAUGGAGCCCCGCCAUUGCAAUUGCCACUGCCUUGGAGAGCGUUGCGGAGUCGCGCGAGCAAGUAAAUGCUAAAAGUCUGGUUGAUCUGCAUGGUGCGAUUGUGUUUUUCAAUGAUGAAUGUGUGCCCCGCGAUCUGUCCAGCAAUGCGCGACCUAUUGACAAAUACCAACAGGGAAAUAUUCAACUCCAGGCGACCAUGUCGGAGGGGAGUUUAUGGCUGCGCCCCUGCUGGCGGGAACCCCUCGGGGCGGAGUACAUUGCGACACACUUUGCGCGCGCAUUUGUCGAAAUCCUAAACAAGACCUUGUCUAAGCUUUCUUCUCCCCUCUCGACUAUUUUCGAGCUGAGCGACACUGAUCGAUCCGAGAUCUGGCGUUGGAACAAAGAUCUACCCCUAUCAGCGGACAUUUGCAUACAAGAAUUAAUAUCGGAGCAAGUCCGGCGACAGCCAACUGCUCAAGCUAUCUGUUCUUGGGAUGGAGAGCUUUCAUACGAGGAGGUUGAAAAAUACUCUACACUGAUCGCACGCUAUCUGGUCAGUCUCGGCGUCAAAAUUGGCCAGAUCGUCCCACUAUGCUUUGAGAAAUCAAGAUGGACUAUCGUUGGUGUUUUGGGUGUUAUUAAAGCUGGAGGUGCCAUUGUUCUAAUGGACCCGAGUCAACCGCUUGAAAGACGUCAGACGAUCGCCGAGCAGGUCAAUGCGACGUUAAUCGUGACUUCAGCGGCACACGCUCCAUUUGGCGAAAAGAUCGCACCCGGUGCUCAGACCGUGGUCGUCGCGCAGGAUGAACUGGAUGACCUGUCUCAAAUGGCUAAUACUCAAGAUAAUCUCCCAGCCGUGCCUACCGACUCAAUGCUCUACCUUAUUUUCACAUCGGGCAGCACUGGCAAGCCAAAGGGUGUCAUUAUCAAUCAUGCCACCUACACCACCAGUGCGAUUGCACGAAGUGCCGCAGUCGGAUACACGGAUGUAUCGCGGGUCCUCGAUUUUGCGUCCUAUGCUUUCGACGUCAGCGUCGACAGCAUGCUCUGCACCAUGCUCCGUGGAGGAUGUCUAUGCAUUCCCUCAGAUGAAGACCGCUUAAACGAUUUAAGUGGUGUGAUCCGCAGGAUGGGUGUCACCAUGUCAAACAUGACACCCUCCGUCGCGCGCAUUCUGGACCCUGACAUUAUUCCCUCAUUGCACAGUCUCGGUCUCGGCGGCGAGUCGUGUUCUGUGGGCGAUGUCUCGGAGUGGGGAAAGCUUACUAGAAUUGUGGUCGGGUACGGUCCGUCGGAAUGUACCGUUGGAUGUACGAUUAAUUCCAGCGCGGCGGGCAAGCCAUAUGUCAGUAUCGGCCCUGGUAAUGGUGGUGUUAUCUGGCUUGUUGAUCCAGAUGAUCACAAUAAACUCACGCCGAUUGGAGGCGUGGGAGAGUUACUCGUCGAGGGACCUAUUGUUGGUCAGGGCUAUCUAGGAGAUCCUCAGAAAACAGCAGAAUCAUUCAUCGAAGACCCGACCUGGCUUUUGGCAGGAUGUGAGGAAGUCCCAGGACGCAGGGGGCGUUUGUACAAAACCGGUGAUUUAGUCCGGUAUGACCCAGACGGAGAAUGCGGAUUCGUCUUCGUUGGUCGUAAGGAUACGCAAGUGAAAUUGCGCGGUCAACGCGUCGAGCUUGGUGAGAUUGAAUACCAUGUCAGAAGAUUGCUUCCGCCAGGAACAGAUGUGGCGGUUGAGGUCAUUGCUCCACCAGGUCGGAGCAAGGAAUCAAUGCUACUGGCGUUUGUCGCAGAUCCGAAUGCUGAGAAGCAGGAUAGCGGCGAAGACAAUUGUAUCCAGCAAGUGCAGUUCUCUGCCGGGAUUCAGGAGAAAUUGGCGGAUCUUGACGAGGAGAUGGGAAAAGUACUUCCUGUCUACAUGGUUCCGUCUCUGUACAUUGGAAUCGAUCGCAUGCCUAUGCUUGUAUCUGGAAAGACAGAUCGUAAGACUCUGCGCUCUUUUGGGUCCCAAUUAACUCUUCUUUCUUCUCCUGAUACGUCCAAUGACGACUUGCAAAAGCCUAGCUCUGAUGCAGAAGUUUGCUUGCAUGACACAUGGCGUCGUCUACUCAGCUUGACCUCUGAGCGAGUCAGUACUACUCAUAAUUUCUUCAUCCUUGGUGGCGAUUCCGUUCUUGCCAUGAAGCUUGUACCAGCAGUGCGGGAGCAGGGCUUCGUAUUAACGGUCGCAGACAUCUUCGACUCUCCUGUACUAGCUGAUAUGGCAAAGUCGAUGCGAAAGGCAGAGACAAACUCGCAGGUCGAGGUGCCGGCUUUCUCUUUGAUUGACCCAGACUGGAUCGUCGAUGCUGCUUGCGCAGAAGCCGCAGAGAAAUGCGCCGUGGAAAAUACGUACAUUGAAGAUAUUUACCCAUGUACCCCAUUGCAAGAAAUUCUGAUGGCUUUCUCAGCUCGUUCGGCUAAAAGUUAUGUGGCGCAGCGAGUUGCAGAGGUUCCUAGCAUGGAAAUAGCAGAGAGGUUGAAAGCGGCAUGGUGUGCUGUCAUUCAAGAAAGUGAUAUUCUUCGAACUCGCGUUGUUGAGUUCAAAGAGCAUGGCUUCAUGCAAGUUGUCACUAGCCAGGUUCCAGUAUGGCAGUCCAGCAGCAUCGGGUUGGACACAUUCUUGGAGCAAGACAAGUCAGUUCCGAUGUCUGUUAAUAUGCCUUUGAGUCGUUAUACCAUCGUCCAAGACGAGUCUCUUGAGAAGGUCUAUUUCGUCUGGACUGUUCACCAUGCAAUCUAUGAUGGCUGGUCAACAGAUCUGAUCGUCGAACAUGCAAAUAAUGCAUACAAAGGUCUCCCAACUUCCCAGCCAGCGGAAUUCAAGCAUUUCAUCAAUUACCUGACUGAUCCCGCUAGAGAGUCCUCCAAAGACUACUGGCGUGUGCAGCUCCAAGGUGCCACUGGACCCCAAUUUCCCUCCCUUCCUUCACGGAUGUACAUCCCCGAGCCCAAUGCAGUGGCAGACAGGUUCGUCCCAGUGAACCCCAUUAAACGAACAAACAUUACCACUGCAACCCUCAUCCGAGCAGCCUGGGCUUUGGUAGCUGCUCAAUACACCAUGAGCGACGACGUGGUGUUCGGGGAAACCUUUGCCGGGCGCACUCUUCCAAUUCCAGGCGUUGAGCAAAUCGAAGGCCCAAUGAUUGCAACAGUCCCGGUUAGAAUCCGGGUUGAUCGAUCUAGCCCAGUUCAGGAAUUCUUGCAAGCAAUCCAAGAACAUGGUCUUGUGAGAUCCUCCCACGAACACCUGGGUAUGCAGAAUAUUCGCCGAGUCAGCGCCGACGCUCAGCUUGCCUGUGAAGUAAAAAUGGGACUCGUUAUCCAGCCCCGACAGCCAGAGAUAUCGAUUCAGUCCGAUGAUGAGCUCCCGCCAUUCCGUGUUGAGGAUGCAGCGCACGAGGCCCUCCGCUUCAACUCCUACCCACUUAUGCUGGCAUGUUCCUUGCACCCAGACGGCUUCCACGUUACAGCGAGCUUUGACUCGAAUCUCAUCAGUGAGCCGCAGAUGAGACGUGUCCUGGUGCAGCUCGAGUACGCCGUUGGCCAGCUGUGUACUCAAGCUUCAAAGCAGCUUUGCGAUCUUGCUGGUUUGAAUAAAACAGAGCUGGUUGAAAUCUGGCAAUUGAAUAAAGAUGUGCCCUCGGACUCAGGGACUGCUGCCAAGGUCCGUGGGGAACCCAAAGCACUGGCCGUCGGAGAUAAAUACUCUACGACAUUUGUUCCUUGGAUCGUGCAUCCCUCCGAUUACAAUUUGCUAGUGCCUAUCGGCACUACGGGUGAGCUUUUGCUGGAGGGUGUUGAUGAAGCUUGCCUCGAUACACCGCAGUGGCUUACCGAGGGUGUGGAUGACAUUCCUGGUCGGCACGGAAAGGUUUAUCAGACUGGUGAUCUCGUCAAGUAUGCAGAUGACAAAACUCUCAUUUUUAUGGGUCGAAAAGAGAGCCUGCGAAAAGUAGACGGUCAUGUUAUGGACCUUACUACGAUUGAUGUGCAGCUUCGCGAGGCGCUUCCAGUAGGCACUGAUGUGACCACUCAAUUGAUUGUGCCGAAGGGAGAAGGUAGCCAGUCUCCGACGUUGGUUGCCUUUGUGAGCGAGACUCCCUCAACGGAGGGCCGAGCUGUUGAUCUGGGGGUUAAAUCGCCAUCUGCAGAAUUCCCACUGUCAACUGUUCUAUCUACGGAAAUUGUUGAGUCAAUUGCUGGUCUUAACAAGGUGUUGUCUGAUAUGCUCCCGCCGUAUAUGAUUCCUUCUGUCUAUAUACCCAUGGUGAAACUAUCGUAUCUUGGUGAUCAAAUUGAUGUGGAUUCUAUCAAAUCAAUGACCGAACAUGUUACUCAAGACCUGUUAUUGCAGCUACGAACCACUUUUGUGGAUCUGCGAUCAGGACGACGGGAUGUAUCCCAUAUGACCAAAAAGGAGCGAACACUGCGUUCGUUAUGGGCAAAAUCUCUGGCCAUGGAAGAAGAGAAGCUAUCUCUGGAUGAUAAUUUCUUCCGCCUUGGUGGAGACUCAAUCAUGGCCAUGAAGCUGGUCUCUGCUUUGCGCCUGGCUGGUUAUCACUUGUCUGUGACAGAUAUCUUCCGGAAUAUGCAGCUACGAAGGAUGGCUGAUGCUCUGGAAGAAAUGUCGACGGACGAAAAACGGCCAUCCAAGAUCUAUGCUCCUUUCUCAUUGCUGAACGAGUUGAAUAUACAGACUCUCUAUGUCGAGAAUAUUCGGCCGUUAUUGGCUAAUACCAACUGGACAAUUCAGGAUGUUUUGCCGGUUACUGAGCCACAGGAGCGUGACGUUCAAGCUACUGUUUCUGCGCCUCGCAGUGCUGUUCAAUACAACAUGCUGUACCUGAAGAAGGAGAUUGAUCUAGAGAGGCUCGUCAGCUCCUUCAACAGUCUUGUCUCGUUGCACCCGAUUCUACGGACAGUCUUUGUUCAAAAAUCCGAUCAAGUGCUGCAAGUCGUGCUGGAAAGCCUUUUUGUAUCUGCUUCCGAGCACAAGACCGAUGAACCCAUGGAAUGGUACUGCAAGAGUCUUGCCAAGAAGGACAUCGAGAUUGACUCAUUCUUUGGGUACGGACAAUCUUCCCUGGGUCUGUUCUCAAUCCAAGGACCCGAAGAAAACGGCCUGAUGAUCCGCAUCUCGCACGCCCAAUACGACGGAAUAUCCUUCCCAGAACUCCUCCGCCAGCUCGAUCUCCAAUAUCAAGGCAAAGAAAUUGCCCCGUCGCCUCCAUUCUCAAACUUCAUCCAAUAUCAAUCGGACGCCAGGCUCGAGAACAUAGCCUACUGGCGCGACAUGCUCCAAGGCUCCAGACUGACAACACUCCCCGAGCCUGAGCCGUCCACAAAAACAACAUUCAUUAAAAAGACAGUUGACAUGUCCACCCGCUCCCCAGAUGCAACAAUGGCCACUCUCCUCACAGCCAGCUGGGCACGCGUCCUUUCCCAACACCUCAACGUGCAAGAUAUCACCUUCGGAGGUGUGGUAUCAGGGCGCACCAUUGAUGUGCCUGGCAUUGACAAAAUAAUGGGCCCAACAUACCAAUAUAUGCCACUGCGCAUCAAAUGUGAGUCUGGAAUGAGGGUGAAGACACUUCUCGACACCAUCCGCGACCAAUAUCUUGAAGGUAGUCGACAUGCCACGCUUGGAUUCCAGGAAAUCUCCGAUAAAUGCACGAGCUGGUCGCCUCUGGUGUCUUUCUUUUCUUCAAUUGUUCAUCACCAUGAUACCGAGUAUUUCGAUGAUAUGCCAUUUGCGGGAUCGGAGGUGCGCGUGGAUUAUACGAAUCCGCACCCCGAGCCGGCCACCCCUACCCGUGUUGUUUCUUAUACUGAGGGUGGAGAGACCUUUGUGGGUAUUGAAGCUGAUAAGGAGAGAUUGCAAUUCUGGGAGGAGAGGUUGGAGGAAUUGGCGGUUGCUAUUGAGGGGCUCGUGAAGGAGCCAGAAGCUACUAUCUGA